CAUUCUUAUAAAGCAGUUGACAGUGACGAAACGGGCGUUUUCUCGUGUUAAUUUUUCUAUAAUUAAAAAAUAAAAGUUUUAAACUUGUUUUCUUUGAAAAAAAAGAGAAAAGAAAGAGUUUCAUCAUACGACGGUCCUCGUUUUCGUUGGAUACAAAGCAAAGCCAGUAACUUAACCAGCACUUUCUGUUCGUCUACGACACUGAUGUCAUCUAGGCUACAGUAAUUCAUGGUCAUUGGUGUUGUGUUGUAGUUGUACUGUCAAUCCUAAACAUUUUGUUUUACCUGUGCGUCAGUUCGUAGGAAAAUGGAAACAGUUAAAGUACCUGGGAUCCUACCUCUGCUGAUGAUAGCGACAUUUUGCAUCAUUGCAGAUCAAGCAUCAGGCAAGAGAGCAUGUCAGCAACUACCCGGUUCCGCCAGUUCCCAAGUCAUAAAUAUGUGUGAAGACAACGCCGCGUCCAGCAGUGAUCGGUUCUAUCUGGACGUAUUCUCCAACUCCUCAACCAGUCUGUCGUGCGUCUGCUUUCUUCAAGUACGGGGGUUGGUCGAGAUCGACUUUAAGCAAAAUAUCAUUUCUGGGGAUUCCUGCCUUACCACAAUAACCAUAUACAGCCAGAACACUUCACAGCACGUGUUCUCGUGUCGCAACGACAGUUUAGCGACGACUGCCACGCUAGCAACUGGUAGCUCGGCGCUGGAGUUGAAGACGUCGACGACGAGCCAAGAGUCGGCAUCAUGUUUGCAGCUUUACAGAAAAGGAGGAACAGGUUCUUUGCGUGUUGAGUGCAUCUCGCCAGCGGCCAACACCACAACCAGUAGACCUACAACCAGCGCAGCUAGUAGUUCAACCAGCAGCUCAACUAGUGACUCCACCAGCUCAACUAGUGACUCAACUAGCUCAACUAGUGGCUCAACCAGUCGCGCAACUAGUGACUCAAUCACCUCAAAUAGUUACUCAACCAACUCAAGUAGUCAGUCGACAAGCUCAAUUAGCGACUUCACCAGCUCAACUAGUGGCUCAACCAGUACCUCAACUCGUGACUCCACACAAUCAGAUGAUUUUCCAGUUGCAGCUAUUGCAGGCGCUGCCGCUGCCAUUGUACUGAUUCUCCUUCUAGUUGUUGUUGUUGCUGUUAUCAUCAUUCGCAAAAGGAAGAGACCGACCGAGGAUGUUAACGCCAAGCCACGCCCCGAAGAUAAUGACGGCGUCGUUAACAAUUAUAACACUACCACCGACGAGAGCCCUUACAACAGCACGAUCAGCGAUGACCCGUACAACGUGGGAACCAGUGCUAACCCUUACAACCGAGUCAUUGUUCUGCCAAACACAGACGGGAGUGGCGAGAAGGGGUGCGAUAGGCUACGGCUCACUCACAAAGGACACCCGGGAGCCGGGGAAUUUAACACACCGCUCAUACAGUAACGAGACACCGGCCUCGGUGCUGUCGUGGUUAAGCCAUCGUACAUAAGACUGGUAGGUACGGGGUUCGCAGCCCGGUACCGGCUUCCACCAAGAGAGAGUUUGGAUAGGUGUGAGACCACUACACCCUCUUCUCUCUCUCUCUCACUAACCCACUGUCCUGGACAGACACUCCAGAUAGCUGAGGUGUGUGUCCAUGACAGCAUGCUUAAACCUUAAUUAGAAAAUAGUAACGAGAUUUACGCAACAUUUUCUAUUUUGCUUUAAUCCUACGGGACAUUUGCAAAUUGUGGGGCUGCUUGUGCUCCUUUGCCCAUGCCAGUGCGGGCGGUUCCUUUUCCACCCCCACCCCCCUCCUCCACUCAACCGUUUCCUGUCCUGGACGGAGGAGCCAGAACCGGCACCUGCGCCCAUAACAGGCGUGCGCUACAAUAGCUUGCUCUCAAUGUGCACGUAAAACCCUAUGACCUGACCACUAACGAGAAAUGGCAUAAAUAGUGUUGUGGUUAAGCCAUCGGACGUAAGGCUGGCAGGUACAGGGUUCGCAGCCCUGUACCGGCUCCAACCCACAGCUACUUUUAACGACUCAAAAGACACUGAAAGGAAAAAUUACUGACACAAAGAUAUCAUUUGUUAUAGAAACAAAAAAAAAGACAUAAAGCAAGAUGCUGUGAUUGCCUUCGAAUGUGCGUGGAUAUAACCGUAAAUAAAAUGUGUUCAGUGCGUCGUUAAAUAAACAAUUUCCUUCGAGCG